UAGCCUGUAAAAGCGCGGUGUGUGGGUCACACCCACUCUCCAUGUACCCAAUAAUUGUACCAUUUUGUAGGUCUCUAAACCGAGAAAGUUCACUCCCAACGUUUCCUAUUAAGAUUUAGUUUGAUCUUCUUGUGUUUGUGUUGUUGAGGUUCCAGGUUUGAUUUUGGAUCAGCUUUUUGUCUGAUGAUUUCUGAAAAAAAUGUGGCGAACGCCGUCGGUGGCAAGACGGCCAGGGCCUGUGAUAGCUGCAUACGGAAGCGUGCUCGAUUUUACUGUGCUGCCGAUGAUGCCUUCUUGUGCCAGGCGUGCGACAUGUCGGUGCACUCGGCCAACCCUCUGGCUCGUAGGCAUGAAAGGGUUCGCCUUAAAACAGCCUCUCUCAAACUCCCGGGGGCGGAUUCACUGGAGAACUCUAUGCCCUCAUGGCACCAGGGUUUCACUCGAAAGGCUCGGACACCGAGACAUGGAAAGCCUGCAGCACAUCCAGCUUUUAAAUCAGAUGAACUCACGCGAAACCCCCUUCCGUUCGUACCGGAGAUCGGAGCCGAUGAAACGUCGUACGAUGACAACGAAGAGCAGCUUCUUUAUAGGGUUCCGAUAUUUGAUCCAUUUGUUGCGGAGCUCUGCGCGUCAACAAAUUCGAAUGAAGCUGUAACAACAGUUGCUAACGAUACAGAAACUGCAGAUGUCACUAGAAGCGAAACGAAAGCCUUGGUAGCUGGCCGUGGUCAUGAUGUGGAUUCUUUACAUGGAUUUCUUCCAUCAGACAUGGAUCUUGCAGAAUUUGCAGCUGAUGUAGAAAGCUUAUUGGGUAAGGGCCUUGACAAUGAAUCUUUUGGCAUGGAAGGUUUGGGGCUAAUAGAUUGUAAAGAGAAGGAGUCGGUGGAGUAUUCUUUACACAGUGGAAGAGUGAAGCUUGAAGAGGAAGAAGACAUAGGAGGUGUAAUGGCCUGCCAAGCCGAUGCAGAGAUCGACAUGACAAGAGAGCCCUUUGAGUUGAACUUCGACUACGGGUCUGCAGCAACAUGCGAAGAGGAAGAGGAGAAAGUGGCAGUGGGAGCAAUGGACAUGAAUAAUAAAGUAGAUGAUCCAAAGAAGAAAAAUAAGAUAUUAUUGAGGCUUGAUUAUGAGGCAAUCAUUACAGCCUGGGCCAGCCAAGGGUCUCCAUGGACCAACGGCCAUCGCCCAGAACUCGACCCCGAUGACUGCUGGCCUGACUGCUUGGGCACUUGUGGAAUACAAGUCCAUCAUCCAUAUGGAGAGUUUGGUGGAAUGGGAGAACAACAGGCAGCAAUGGGAGAUGGAGGUAGAGAGGCAAGAGUGUCCAGAUACAGAGAAAAACGGCGAACAAGACUCUUCUCCAAGAAAAUAAGAUAUGAGGUUCGGAAACUGAACGCAGAGAAGAGACCCAGAAUGAAGGGUAGGUUCGUGAAGAGGGCGUCCUUUGGAGGACCCGCAGCUUUUCCUUUGCUCAACAAAUAACUGUCAACCGCCCAGUUUGCUUUGUUUAUUUACCAGUAAACUUGGAUGUGUUAGUUAGGCCUUCAACGGCACCGUCUUCAAUCCAACAGUUGAUGAGUAUAAGCUGAAAAGCUUUUGUCACAUAUUGUUAAAUUAUAUAUAUAUUCCCCGUAAUCAAACCUUAGCUUAAAGGCUUUGUUUAAGGAAUCCUCGGAUGAUCCCAUGAGUUUGCCAGCGAAUUUGACCGUGCAGAAGAAGAAGAAGCCAUAGAUGCCAUGCUUCUAUGGCAGGAAAUGACGUUGGGGCAUGGAAAGGAACUACAAGCCAAGUGGAGCAGAAUAUUUUGCGGUAGAGUCCAGGGACCAAUCUCAAUUUUCCAUAAUCCAGUGGGCUCCACUGACAAUACGGGAAUCUAAUCUCUAUCAAUGAUCAUGGCAAUUUUGACAUUUUAGCAAAUUAUUAGAAUUGAAACUUAUUCGAUGGGAACAUAAAGUUUGAAAAGUGGGAUGACGGAUGGCAAUUGGCACCCUGUAUGCUAUUUACCAUUUCCUGUUUCUAUAUAUGUGGCAGCAUAUGAUUUUUCCUAAGCAAAGAUGCGAUUUAAUGAUUUAUGCCCAGGCCCCAUAAUAUUUUUGGAAAUAAUAAAGGGGAAGUUGCUUUUCAUUUCGAUAA